GUAUAGUUUGAACAAUCUGCAGGAAGUGUUUUUUUUGAAUGCCACAAGGCGCUCUGCACGCAAGCGCGCACAGGAAGCCAUAAUUGUAUAUUUUUUCCCUUUCUUCUGGAAGACGCCCAGCGCGGGUAAUAUGUCCAGAGAAACUUGUAAUCUCAAAUGGCAAAAAUUGCCCGGACAUCAGAGUCUCAAGGGUCGGGCUGGACAUUCUACCACCCUUGUUGGAAACAAGUUAUUUAUCAUUGGUGGUCGCAAUGGCAAUGAAUUUUGUGAUGAUCUUUGGGUGUUUGACUCGGAGCUAGAAAAGUGGAAUCAGCUCAAACAGAAGGCACCAUUUACUCCGAGAGCAUAUCACACUACAACACUUAUAGAUAACAACUACUUAUGGGUGAUAGGUGGAAGUAAUCAUGAUACUUUGUUUGAUGAUGUUCACGUGCUUAACACUUCUACUUUACAGUGGAGCUGUCCAAUUAUUAAGGGUACUAUUGGAAGCAGGGGCACUCAUGCUGCAGUUAGGCACCCCUUAGAAAGCAGAGCAAUUUUAGUUCAUGGAGGAUAUGGAGGACCUGAUCCUCACUGGCUGGAGGAUAUUUUGCUCCUUCGCACAGAUUCUCUAGAGUGGUAUGCAUUGAAUCCUGGUGGAAAAUUGCCAUGUGCAAGAGGUUACCAUUCCUUGACUGCAAUUGGAGCAUAUGUUAUUCUAUUUGGGGGUAAAGGUGAUUCAGGAAUUGUCAAAGAAGAUUACAUGAGUGUAUACGAUGUUGUAACAAAUAAAUGGGUUAUUCCUGAAGUGGAAGGGGAUACUCCAUUGCCACGUUCGAAUCAUGCAGCUACUUUAAUGGAUACUGAUUUGUUUAUUAUUCAUGGUGGUCGCAAUGGGACAAUUCGUUUAAGUGACAUGUGUGUUCUAAAGGUUCCUCAUUCCUCUUCAUCUAGCAUUUUGACUUCACGUUUGAAAUGGCACAUUUUGGAGAAGAUGAAUUCCUUGGUCAACACAAAGAAAUCAGCUGGGAAGAGAUCAAUUCUUAACACGGAAUCAAAUUUUCCACUUGGCCGAUCUGCACACUCCUUAAUAGCAAGAGGUCAAUCAUUGUAUAUUUUUGGGGGUUAUGGUGGUCAGGGUCUGACUUUCAAUGACAUAUACGUCUUACGGAACUUUCCUGCUUUAGCAGGUCUGGAUCAAAAAAAUAUGAAUUAUCUGGUAUCACAUGAUCCAAAGACUCCUUUAUUAAUAGCGGACAAUUCUGAUGAAGAGAACGUGCACUAUUGGCGCAGCACAAAACGACAAAAACAACAUAGUAGCCGGGGAGAUAAAUCCGUGUCAAGGCUACAAGAAGUAGGGCGAAUCUUGAAGCAGGGGUUGGAUAUGACUCCAAGAAAUCGAGAUGCACAAGAUAACAUCGGAAUACAGCUACCAAAAUCACUGAACCGGAUGCAGAAGCAGUCAUCUUGUGUGCCACAAGAGCAAGCUAUUCUGAAAGAGAAAGAGUUUGCAGUGAUAGGACAAGAAAAAAAUAUGCUAGAGAAAGAAGUUAUGGAGUUAAGACAACAAGUUGAAUCCUUGAAAGAAAAUAUUAAAGAAAAGACAUGUAUUGAAGAUAAAUUACGUGCUGAUAAGUUGCCUCUACAAGAGGAGGUUGCCUCACUUAAUGAGAAGAGGGGUGACCUUGCAAAAAUUAUCAAAGUGUUGGAGAAAAAGGUGCAAUUAUCAACCGAGAAGACCAAGAAUAUAGAAUGUGAGAAUGAAGGAUUGAAAACUCAAAUUAAGGAUUUGAGGUCAUCUCUAGAAGAGAAAGAGAGUAAAACUUGUGGACUAGCACAAGAGGCAAAAGAUGCACAACUUAAAUGUGAAAAGCUUAACAUAUCUUUGGAUAAUGAGAGAUCUUUGUAUAAAGAGUUGGUCCAUGAACGGGAUGACUACAGAACCAAUAUGGAAAGGCUUCAGACAGAGCUUGAAAAGAAGAUGGAGGCUAUUCACCAGCUCAACUUGAAAUUUGAAAAUGAAAAAACUUUUCUUAAAAAUGAAAUUGCAGAAGGAAAAGAAACAACAAAUAAGCUUCUUACAGAGUUGGGCAUGACCAAGGAGUCUGCAAGAGCUUUGCAAGAGACUACUGAAUGGCAAGCAAAGCAACUUGAGGAUGAGAAAAGCAAAAUACAUACAUUACAAAAAGAAAGGGAGGAGCUAAGACAAAGAAAUGCAGUUAGUAUUGCUGAAAACAAACAGAUACUUUCAGCCAGAGAUAGUGCUAAUUUGCAUUUUGAUUUCCUCAAAUCUGAGUUACAGGAUACAAGGGCAUUGCAGGAACAGACCACAGCAGAAGUUAUACGGCUGCAAAGACAAAUUGAACAGUCGAAGGAACAUAUUGCAUCACUUCAUGAAUUGCUAAAAAAGAGUGAGGAGGCGAUAAAGACAAAGGAUCAAGAACUUGUACAACUAAGGGUUAUCAUUAAUGAAGUUGAACAAUUUGAAGAAGCUCAAAAGACUAAGCUACAACAGCAUUUGGAGAAACUAAAAUGUGCAAGACAAUCUUGCCCAUUGUAAUUGUAAUAUAUAUAUAUAUAUAUAUAGAGAGAGAGAGAGAGAGAGAGAGAGAGAGAGAGAGAGAGAGAGGUUUAAUAAUUUGAGGCAGCUCAAAAUUCUUAGGUUCAAAUUGUUUUGUUCUCUUAAUUAAGCUACCAAAAUCAAAUGUUCUUUCAAAAAUAAAUUUUUGUUGUUAGUUCAUCAGAUUUGUAUAAAAAUGUAUAUAUUUAUUGUCAUGGAAAAGGUCUUACAUAAAUGUGUCUAA